UUUAAAUAUGGUUUAAUUAUGUGUAACAAGGCUUUCGAUUGGAUAAACAGUUAUAAUUGUACUGCAUGCAGUGAAAAUAAUUAUUUCUGAGUACAAUGGCCAAGCAUAUUACACAUUGCAUUGUUAUGAUAUGCUAUUCUAUGCUAUGCUAUGUCAGUCUUAACUUUAUCUUAUGUUAACUUAGUUGUUAGGUUAUGUUAAUUGUUACGUUAUGUUCCUUUGCGUUACGUCCCGUCAUGUUUUUAUACCAGUUAUUCCAGUUUUUAUACUAGAGAUGUAGUGACAAGAUAGUGCAUCUGCAUGUUGCUAACUAGCUGUAUAGAUAUGAAGUCAAUGUCUCACUCACUAGUUUAACCCUACACCGAGUUUACCUAUUUACGGACACUGAGGAUGGUCACUCCCAGAAUGUUUUACAUCCUCAGUGGUUUUCUUAUGUCGCCGUUACUGGAUAUACUGGUGCGCGGUCUGACCUAUGAGAAAUUCAGUUUCCCAAUGUUGGGAGCUAAGAGGUUUAAGAACUCGUACUGCCUUAGCUGAUGCUUGAACUUGUAGCAUUUCCAGUAAAAUAUUGAGCUUGUAAUCACUUGACCAUCGAGCUCCCUGUAGUCACAAUAAUUCAGACCCACAUUGGUAUUUAUGCAUACAAAGUGCUUGCUGGUGGUAACAUGAAGUUCACAUAUUUGUAUUAUUAGAGAGUAGAGGUACGUACAAGUAUAGGAGAGUACAUGAAUAGGCAGUUUCAUGGCAAUAUACAUUACCGCAGCGCAGUGGAGGCUAUAGUUCUAGAGCUAACACUAACAGCACACAUGUGAGUCAGAAAAUUUUCACUUAGCAUCAGCUUUCCCAUUCAUAGUUUCAUUUUCAGGCCACAUAAUUUUUCCAAGAGUGUUUGGCCCCAGUGGUUGGAGUAGGAGUUGUUGCUGAAUACCAAUAAAUUCCAACAUGAGUGACCAUGAAGGUGACGAGGAGGAGAAUUCAGCGAGCUGCCAACCUUCAAUGACCUUCAUGGAGGCGUAUGAUGACACAUGCAGCACAGUAGGGCAGGCUGCUCGGACCGGCAACCUCCCUGAACUAAAGCGGCUAAUUAAGAUGAAGAGGCCCGUAGAUGUUCAGGAUAAUAGAGGAUGGAGAGCGAUCCAUGAGGCGGCGGCUGCUAAUCAUGGCGAGUGUCUGGCUGAACUACUGAAGCAUCCCGACACAGACAUGCACUGGCAGUCGUUUGAACGGCUGACCCCUCUUCAUGUCGCCUGCAAAAGCGGGUCGCUGGACUGCGUUCGACUUCUGCUGGCAGGGGGCGCUGAUCCGGAUAUUGCGACGAGCGACGACACAACACCGCUGCUGGAUGCUCUGUAUAACAAGGAAGCAGCGGCUGAAAUCGUGAAAGCAUUACUCAAGAGUGGCGCCAGCGCUAAUGCUGCGAUAUGGACAAAAUGGACGCCGCUUCACGAGGCAGGGAUCUUCCAACACAAGUCGAACCAGGAAAUUACAAGGCUUCUCCUGGACCAUGGCGCUACACUACAGGCACCAGACGAGAACGGUCUAACUCCUGUGUUCACGGCAGCGCAGCACGGCAACACAGACUGCCUGCGAACGUUACUGGAUCGGGCCGAACAACUCGGAGAAGCGGGGGUCGUCAACAAGGCGGGGUCGGACGGUGCCACGCCCCUGUUCAUCGCAGCACAGGAGGGCUUCCUUGACUGUAUCGAACUGUUGCUGUCACACGGUGCAGACGCCAACGCCGCCCUGCUGGACGAGACUGCAGUGCCCCUGGUGGCGGCAAUACAGCAGGGUCACGUGAGAGUCGUCGAGAGGCUUCUCGGCGAGACGUCGGCCGAGGCGCUGCGCACGCGCUCGGCUAGUCCCUACCACAUGGCCAUCGACUGGUCACGACUCGACUGCCUGCGCGCGCUCGCCGCGCAUGGACUCCUGAGCGACGAGUUCUCGCGUGAGACGCGGCUCGCGGACGCCGUCGGCCGUGACGACCUCGCCGGAUUCUACGCGGAGCUGGCGCCGGACCGGGUGUCGCCGCUCGCGCACGCACUGAGCCGCGGCGCGCGGGCGAUGACUCUCGCGCUGCUGGCGGCGGGGGCCAACGCGAACGCGUUCACGCCGCGACACGUGCCGCCGCUGCUCGCCGCGCUCGCCACGCCGCGCGUCGACGACGACAUCGUCGCCGCGAUCGUCGACGCGGGCGCGCAACUCAAUGGCGCGCUGCCCGGCGGCGGCGACGCGAGCGCCCUCUACCUCGCCGCGUGCCUCGCCCAGCCAGGCAAGCUGCGGCUGCUGCUGCGGCGGGGGCUGGAUGCGCGCGUGCUCGACAUGUGGCGGGAGGAUGACGGCAGCGCGUGUGCACUGUGCCGCGCCGGCGUCACCGACGCGCUCGACUCGAACGAGAUGGCGGCGGCGAUGCUGAUCGUGCGCGAGUUCCACGCCGUGUUUGCGUGCCCCUGCUCCAAGUUCCGGCUGAUCUCGCGCUGGUCGUGGCGGCACUUGGCGCGGCUUCGCGCGGCGUGCGCCCGCCCGCCAUCGCUCGCGCACGCCGCCAGGGUGCGUCUGCGUCGCCGCCUGCCGCUCGCGCUGCUGGCGCGGCCGGACACGCUCGCGGCUCGCCUGCGGGAACACCUUCCAGCCCAGCUCGUCGACUUUGUGCUGUACAACGAUGAUACGCGUGUACUCAUACUCCGGUCUCCGUCGUCCCCGGCGACCUCCAGCAAGAUGCAGAGUAGGAUGCCGACUCCGGCUUGCGUCGCCCCCGGCAACCUCCAACAAGAUGCGGAGUAG